AUGGAGUUGCUGGGCACGACAGAGGUGCUCCGGCGAGGGGGCUACGCCGGCGAGGUGGGGGAGAGUAGCUCCGGCGUGGGGAAAGGGUCGCCGGCGGGGUGUGGUGGCGGAGGAGGGGGCCGGUGGAGGAAGGGGUCGCUGGUUGGGGGGGAGAGGCGCUCCUGGGCGAGGGAGCUCGAGCUCCUAGAGCUCCUGGUGAUGGCCGAAUUCCGGCGAGGGGUGGUGCGGUGGCGUGGAGCGGCGAUGGCUAUCCAACCCAGCAAGAGACCCUACUUCCAUUUGGCAUAUAUACAUCUAUGUACGCGUAGCAGAAUCCGUGUACUUCAAGCCCCAUUUUCGACACCAAAGAAGCCAGGAGCAGUGGCAGAAGCAGAGAUGGAGGGCUCGCCGAGACCUGAGCCCAAGCCAUCCGACCAAGAAGGGCAAGCGAAGGGAGAGACGAAGCAAGGAGGAUGGAUCACCCUUCCCUUCAUAGCCGGGAGCAUGCUUGGGCUGGGGCUGGCCAUCAACGGAACCACCAGCAACCUGCAGAUUUACCUGAUCAAGCAGUACAACGUGGACAGCAUCGACGCGGCGCAGAUCGCCAACAUCGUCCGCGGCUCGCUCAAUUUCGUCCCUGUCGCCGGAGCCAUCCUCUCCGACUCCUACUUGGGCUGCUUCCCGGUCAUCCUCGCCGGCGCAGCCAUCAACGUUCUGUCCUUUGUGUUGUUCACUCUCUCAGCGGCAUUGCCGUCCCUGCGACCGCCGCACUGCCCGGCGCCGUCCGCCGCGUGCCAGCGCGGAACGCCCGAGCAGCUUGCCGUGCUGUACGCCGCGGCCUCCCUUCUAGCCAUUGGCACCGGCGGGACGCGUUUCAACGUAGCGACCAUGGGCGCUGACCAGUUCGGUGGCGAGCGCGAGCAGGACACCUUCUUCAACUGGUACUUUGUCUUCCUCUCCGCUUCCUUCCUGGUCGGCGACACGGCCAUCGUCUACAUCCAGGACGGCGUAUCCUGGGCCCUGGGCUUCGGCGUCUGCCUCGCCGCGACGGCGUUCAGUCUGGCCCUGUUUCUCCUAGGCGCGCGGUACUACCGGAUGCCCGCGGCAAAGGGCAGCCCGUACUCCGAGCUGGCCCGCGUCGUCGUGGCCGCCGUGCACAAGGCUCGCGUCCAUGUCGGCGCUCUAGGUCCUGUGCAGUACUACGUGGGAGACAAUGCCGUGGCGGGCUCGGCCGGCGAGGGUGCUCCAAGUAAACGAUUAAGCUUCCUUAACCGUGCCGCCAUGAUCACCGCCACCGACAACCCCAUGGGUGAUGCGUCUGGUGGCCGUCGUACAAGCGGAUGGCGGCUGUGCAAGGUGCAGCAAGUGGAGGAUCUCAAGUCUGUGCUCGGCGUCUUCCCGCUGUGGUCAUCGGGUAUAAUGAUCAGCGUGUCCAUCGGGGUGAUGAUCGGCAUGAUCAUCCUGCAGGCUCUCGCCAUGGACCGCUCCCUCGGACCGCGCUUCAAGAUCCCAGCAGGAUCCAUCACCGUCUGCUCGCUCGUGGCCUUUAUCGCUAUCACCCCGGUCCUUGACCGUGCUGUCUUCCCGCUCUGGCGCAGGAUCACCGGCAUGCCGCCGUCCCCGCUGCAGCGCGUGGGGCUCGGCCACGUCGUGAACAUUACGGGCAUGGUGGUGGCAGCUCUGGUGGAGCGCCGAAGGUUAAGCGUCGUGCACGCGCACGACGGUGCCGAUGGGGAGGCCGGCUGGGUUACCCCCAUGUCCGUAUUGUGGCUCCUCCUUCCUCUUGGUGUCGUAGGAAUCGGAGAGGCCCUCCACUUCCCAGGAAACAUGGCCUUCUACUAUCUGGAGUUCCCCAAGACGUUGCGGAGCUUGGCGACGGCCAUGGCGCCGCUGCUCAUCGCCAUGGGGUUCUACCUCAGCACAGUGUUCGUCGACGUGGUGAGACGGGUCACCGCAUGGCUGCCGGAGAACAUAAACCAGGCGAGGCUGGACAACGUGUACUGGACACUGGCUGUGGCGGUGACUGUGAACUUUGGCUAUUUCCUCAUUUGUGUCAGCCGAUAUCGGUAUCAAAACCAAUCGACCACCAUGGUAAUGUAAAUGGAGAACACUUUGGAUCCACCAAUUGAUUUUAUCCAAAAAUCAAUCUGGUCGCUGGCUUCACACGUGUUGCUCUUGCAUGCUGCCCUUCAGGCUUCCGUAUGUUUCUUUUACUUGACGCUGUACUACAUGGCUCUUGUAUGACUUUUUUUACUUGGCGCAGCUUUCCGUGGCUCUUAUACCUUAGCUAAGAGCAUCUCUAGUGGAUCCUCUAUAUUAACGUGU